AUGGCCAUCUCAAGCACUCAUCACGCUCUACUCCUCUCUUCACCAGGAAUGGGUCACAUAAUCCCUGCCCUGGAACUUGCCAAGCGUUUAGUCACUCACCAAAUCAUUCCCAAACUCACCUUCUUCUACACUUCAAUAAAAAACUCCACUCCCUCCAAAGCUGAAACCCUCGUUUUCCAAUCAGCCAUCAAGGAAAACCUCUUUGACCUAAUCCAUCUCCCCCCUCUUGACCUCAGCAACAAAGUUGAUCCCCAUGCUUCCAUUAAUAGCAAAAUAGCAAUCUUAAUGCAUGAACUCCCACUUCUCUUUGUGUCCACAAUCUCCACCAUAAACCUCAACCCUACCAUCAUCAUCACCGAUUUCAUGUUAUGUCAAAUUCUACCUCUUGUUCUAAAUCUAAACAUACCCAUGUUUGCUUUUGUGCCAUCCAAUGCAUGGUUCCUUGCACUUUGUCUUCACACCCCCACAUUGGAUAAACAAAUACAAGGAGAAUAUGUCAAUGAGAUCAAUCCAAUCUCAAUCCCUGGUUGCAAAUCCAUACACCCCCAUGACAUAUUCCACGUGUUGAAAGACAGGACACAUAGGUUAUACCGUGAAUUUGUUGGCGUAUGUGAAGGGGCAGCACUGGCUAAUGGGAUCAUUGUGAACACCUUUCAUGAGUUGGAACCUAAGACCCUCGAAGCACUUGGUAGUGGUCAAAUUACCAAGGUGCCCGUGUACCCAGUUGGGCCAAUAGUGAGGGAACCAAGCCCAAGCCCAAGCCCAAGCCCAAGCCCGAGUAGUGAUGAGGGAAACAGAAGUGAAAUUGUUGAGUGGCUAAACAAGCAAGAAGAAGAGUCGGUGGUAUAUGUAUCACUUGGGAGUGGAUACAGUAUGCCGUGUGAAGAAAUCAAAGAGAUGGCUUUGGGGUUGGAACUAAGUGGAAACAAAUUUGUUUGGUCUGUGCGUCCAACUGUCACCAAAGCCGGCCAUGAUCAUUAUUUCACGGCAGGUGAGUGGUACAAAGUCACUAAACUUUUAAUAUUUUCAAACAUGUUUGGUAGUUGGCUUUCCAUAAAUAUGUAG